AUAUGCUACUACUGAGCCGUUUUCAAAGUCGAUUGGAUGAGUUUCAGGGAGAAGAUGAUCUGCAGCAUCCUGCUGCUCAUCAUCCUGACCUCCUGUGUCUCUGGAACAUUUGUAGUGAAUGUGACCCAGACCUCCUAUCAGGCAGAGGAGAACCACCACAUCACACUGGAGUGGACCUUCACAACCAACCCUCACACUUCCUCCAACUCUCUGAAUAUCUUCUGUGAACUGAUAACUGUCAAUAAUCCAGUCCUGUUUCAUCUCCAUGAAGGAGUUGAGGUCCCAGAGUCUCAGGAUGAACAGUUUGCAGGACGAGUCCAGUGGGACAAAGACGUCCUCAGAGAAGGACGACUCAGACUUCAUGUGUCCAGACUCAGGACUGAAGACUCGGGACUGUACCUGUGUGAUGUGCUCACAAGUUAUGGGAGUAACUCUGGUAGAUGUCGGCUCAACGUCACUACAGCGAGGGAACGGCCUGAACCUGAGACACCAAACACAACAAGUCCACCAAACACAACAAGUCCACCACAACCAGAGAGUCGGGGAAGGAUCGUCCUCUACUGUGGACUGGGACUGACAGCAGCAACUCUGCUGGGUUUUUAUUUCUGUUAUUAUAGAUUAUUUCUGUCUAGAAAUCAAGAUUUCUACUGCUGGUUACUCUUUACCUCCACAGCUUUUCUUUAACCUUUAAAACACAUUCAGUGAGACGAUGACAGUCCCUGUCCUCUCCUGUAGACUGGAUCCUGAAUAAAGGAGUUCCCAUUGUUGUCAGCUUUUUCUCCACUAGGUGACACUAACGGCUUGUUAAAAUACAGCCGCAUGUUUGAACCAGUUCAACUGUUUAAAUGUUACUAAAGAUGUACAAACUCUAGUUUCCUGUACUAGUGAAGAUAUCAGGACAGAGACAACUUAAUAAAACAUUGUGCUGUUAUUAAUGUUAGAAUACACUAAAUGACGUGUUCUUAGAUUUCUGGGGACGAAGGAGAGGCUAGGUUCGGAUUGAAAGUUAAGCAAGAGGUUUAAUAAAAACAACAUGAAAACGACAGUCAAGACACAAUUAAACAUAAAACAUGAAAACACAAAUCUUACACUGCAGCUGACAGCGGACUGCUCUCAUGCUUCUCUUGUGGAGUCACAGAAGAACAGUCCUGAGAUCGUCUCAGGAGCCCCCAUUUAUCCUGUCCCUCAGGAUAAGGACACACCUGAAUUUAGGUUUACUCCAGGUCACAGACUAAGGUUGAUUAUCAUGGAAGUGUUGAUUGUAUUCAAGUUUACAGAGUUUGCAUUUCCUUUGUU